AUGGCUCAAUUACUCUUCACCAUCUCCUUGGCCUUUUGCCAUUUCAUUUCCAUGGCUUCUUCUAUUAACCAAGAAGGCAUUGCCCUUCUCUCCUUCAAGAAAUCCCUUGAAAACCAUUCAGACAGUGUCCUCACUGAUUGGAACUCAUCAGAUUCAGACCCUUGUUCUUGGAAAGGAGUUUCGUGUAACAAUGAACUGAGAGUUGUUUCCCUUAGCCUUCCGAACAAACGGCUUUCUGGUUCGCUUCAUCCUUCCAUCGGAACUCUCUUGUCUCUUCGUCGCGUCAACCUCAGAAACAACCUGUUCCAUGGGACGUUACCUGUUGAGCUGUUCGAAGCGGAACGGCUGAAAAGUCUGGUGCUUUCAGGGAAUUCGUUUUCUGGGUUUGUUCCAAACGAGAUAGGGAGGUUAAAGAGUCUGCAAUCUCUGGAUUUUUCGGAGAAUUCUCUCAAGGGUUCGAUCCCUUUGCCGUUGAUGCAGUGCAAGAGGCUGAAGACGCUUGUCCUAAGCCGAAACAGCUUCUCCGGAGAUCUUGGAUAUGGGGUUGGGUCCAGUUUGGUUAAUCUUCAGACACUCAAUCUUUCUUUCAAUGGAUUGACUGGUUUGAUCCCAGAAGACAUCGGCAAUCUGAUGAAUCUGAGAGGUGUUCUUGAUCUUUCUCAUAACUUCUUCUCAGGUGAGAUCCCAAAAAGCCUUGUGAAUCUCCCGGAGAUAGUGUACAUAGAUCUUUCUUACAACAAUCUCAGCGGACCAAUACCAAAAAUCGAAGUUCUGUUAAACGCCGGACCGAAUGCUUUUGAGGGGAAUCCUCGGCUCUGUGGAUUACCUUUGAAGAUUUCUUGCGCUGAAAGAAACAUCCCGGUAAUCCCUUCUGAACUAAAUUCAAGAAAAGUUCAUCAUCAUUCUAGAGUACGCAUCAUCAUCGCGGCAACCAUAGGUACAGCUGCGGGAAUCAGUCUUCUUUCUCUGCUACUCGCUUGCUAUCUCCGCAAAGGCAGACAACGAAACGGUACUCGGCCAUGUUGUCUUGAAGAGAAACUGAAGGUAAAGGAGUUCAUCUGCUUCAAGAGCAAGGACUUUGAAUCUGAGGCUUCAUUACAAGAAGGCAUGAAUCAGAAACAUGUUUUUGUGGGGAUGGACCCAGAAAUCGAUUUUAACCUAGACCAGCUUCUGAAAGCCUCGGCUUUUCUUCUGGGAAAGAACGGUAUCGGGAUCGUGUACAAGGUUGUUCUUGAGACCGGGCUAACCCUGGCUGUCAGAAGAUUAGAAGAUCAUAGUUCACAGAGGCUUAAAGAUUUUCUUGCAGAAGUGGAAGCAAUGGGGAAGAUCAAGCACCCGAAUCUCGUGAAUCUCAGAGCUUGUUGCUGGUCUCCUGAAGAGAAGUUACUUAUCUAUGAUUACAUUCCGAAUGGUGAUCUUGCCUCCGCGAUUCACGGAAGAAGCGGUAGCUUUCCGAGCAAGCAACUUUCUUGGCCGGUUAGGUUAACCAUCAUGAGGGGAAUCGCAAGAGGAUUGGCCUAUAUCCACAGGUCCAGUCCCAAAAGAUACGUUCAUGGACAUCUGUGCUCUGCGAACAUACUUCUCGGAGAAAACCUAGAACCGAAAAUCUCCGGUUUCGGUUUGGGACGUGUUCAAUCGGAUCAAAGCUCUCCGUACGAUUCGUCUGAUUCACCAAUAAUCUCAAGAAAAUGCCAUUACCAGGCUCCUGAAGCUUCAAAGAUCACUAAACCGUCUCAGAAAUGGGACGUGUACUCGUUCGGCUUGGUGGUACUCGAAAUGGUAACCGGAAAAUCACCGGUUCUGAAAACCGACGGUUCAGAGACGGAUUCGGUUAUGUGGGUUCGAUUGGCGGUUGAGAGAAGUAAACCGAUUCGGUAUGUUCUUGACCCGGUUUUGGUCCGGUACAGUGGAAUGGAAGAAAGCGUGGUUGAAGUGAUCGAGAUCGGUAUGGCUUGUGUGAACAAGAGCCCAGAUCGAAGACCAUCUAUGAGAAAUGUUCUUGAGAGCCUUGAGAACUUAGCGUAG